AUGACCACCGCUCACAUGCCCCCUUUGCAGGAGCAUCCUUCGAGAUCAGUCACGACUCCUACAAACCCUGUCACUCAAUUUCCCUGCGCUUCAUCUGAAUCUUUCUCUCGGUCCGCUGGUCUUGAACCCUCCAGACCUCCCCACCACCGCUCAACACCAUCCACAACCAUCGCGACCGCCGAAUCCGAGGCCGAACAAUUUCCUAAGCAGAACAAUUGGCGGGAUUCGAUAUUCAGAAAGCUGGCGGGACCGCGGGAGAACGCAAAGCGCUUGCUCCGCUUGGGGGUCCCCAUCCAUUCGCCGUCUUCUCCGUCCUUACCACCUGUCCGUUCCAUGCGCCGAACACGCCGUCCGCGUCCUGUUUCGGAGAUUGUAUUGUCUCCCGACGAUGCGCAAAUGCUCGCCUCCGCUAAUUUAGGAACGGGAAGAAUGCGCGCCGGCUCCUCGCCGACGACAUCGGUCUCGCAAUCCUCCUCAGUGUCUGUGCAAACUGGCUCCGCGACUGGAGACCCGACGCUGCCAUUUCCCGCACUGAGCAACGAGAAGAUCGUGGCGACGGGCAGUGGUAUCUCGGUGGGGAUUGCCCUAACAGAGCCGGUCCUAUAUCUUCAAGGAUACGACCCGAAUGACCCCAGCACGAAGAAACCCGCGAUCCUCCGAGGGCAGCUGCAUCUCAAAGUCACCAAGAGUGUCAAAAUCAAGAAAAUCUCGAUUUGCUUCCGUGGUCAAGCGCAAACCGACUGGCCAGAGGGGAUUCCACCACGGAAGAUCCAUUACCAUGACAAGAAAGAUUUGGUUACCCACGGGGUCAUGUAUUUCAAUCACGGCGACACGGCCUUAAUGCAGAAUGACUAUGGAGCUCACUUUUUCCAACAUGCGAAGCCAGUGACCACUAUGUCGGGUAAGGACGGUCCAACAACUGUCACUCGCGAAAUUGUUUCCAUGACCGGGUCCUCUCUCUCGCUGCAUAGUGGCCACACCUCGAGCAGGGAAGUCAAACGGCUCUCACUGCAGUCCAAUCAGUCGUGCAGUUUCGGGAAAAAUGAUGCCCCCUCCGUCGCACCCGCACCACAGCGUAGCUAUCGAAUGUUUCCAGUGGGGGAUUACCUGUAUAGUUUUGAAUUUCCAAUCGAUGGCUCUCUCCCGGAGACGAUCAAGACGGACCUCGGUUUUGUUCGGUAUGAUCUUGAGGCCAUCGUGGAACGGUCUGGUGCUUUCCGGCCCAACCUGCUGGGAACCCUGGAGGUCCCUGUGAUUCGUACUCCGGCGGAGGGCUCGCUGGAGCAAGUCGAACCGAUCGCCAUCUCUCGCAACUGGGAAGAUCAGUUGCAUUAUGACAUUGUCAUUUCGGGCAAAUCGUUCCCAUUGGGCAGUCAGGUUCCCAUUGCUUUUAAACUGACCCCCUUGGCGAAGGUUGAAUGCCACAGGAUCAAAGUCUACGUGACAGAGAAUAUCCAGCACUGGACCGCAGACAAGAGCGUUCACCGAUACCAGCCAGCCAAGAAGGUGCUCCUGUUUGAGAAGCGAGCAGACUCCGCCAGUACAAGUACGUAUCCCGGCAGCUCGAUGCGAGUCAUGGCGGGUGGUGGCAUUGACUGGGAUCACCGUACGGCUGCUGCCAGAGGGGACGAAAUUGUGGAUCGAAAUCGGACGAAUCUUCUGGGAGACCUUUCGAGCGAUGCGGGCGUUGGGCCGACCGAGAUGGAGUUCAGCGUCCAACUGCCGAGUUGCCAUGAGAUGAGGGCCCGAGAAGAAACUCAGCGACUGCACUUCGACACGACUUACGACAACAUACAAAUCAACCACUGGAUCAAGAUUGUUCUCCGCCUCUCGAAGCCCGACGAAAGAGAUCCUAACAAACGUCGACAUUUCGAGAUCUCCAUCGACUCUCCGUUCCACCUCCUCUCUUGCAAGGCGACUCAAGCCAACAUUUAUCUCCCAGCGUAUACGUCGCCUAAUUCGGAGCCAGUAGCCCCAGCGCAGGAAUACGAAUGCGGGUGCCCCGGUGCGCCCUUGCUCUACCUAGACAAUCCCGCCGGUCCUGCACCGGCCUCCAAUGAUCGAGAGGAGCCUACCGGUUCAUCUGUUACUCGGAGUUUCACCAGCGGUUCUGGCGGGUUGGCUCGACCCCCUCAGGCACACCUGGCGCACGAACCGGAUGAGCGGGGGCAAGAGAAUGCACCACGGCCCAUGCAUCUCCUGCGGGCUCCAUCCUUUGCUCCUCCCGCAUUUGAGGAUGUUCCCCCUCCGCCUCCUCUUGUGACCCCUCCACCGGAGUACACCACCAUUGUCGGUGACAUCGGCCGAGAGGCGGUCCUCGAGGAUUAUUUCUCGCGGUUGUCGACAUACGAGGAUCAUGCGGAUGACGAACGGGGUCGAGGACGUGUCGAUGUCCCUCUGACACCCGGCGGGCGGGUCAAUCGCAGCAUGGACGUUCCUCGAGAAUGGAUACGUUUGGAUGAGCCAACGGCGUAA